UCUUUUCUUUCCUUCUUUCUCCUUCCUACUUUCGGACCUCGUUCAUGGGAAGCUUCGUCUCACCAGAAGCUAUAUCAUCCGUCGUCCUUCCUGUGUGAUAGUUCCACAGAAAGCACCAACUCUCUAUUUUCCAGAGGUAAACAGCAUCAUCAUCAUCAUCAUGGCAAUUGCUGCUCCUCUCAGCGUCGGCUGGGGCUAUGGCAUCGUCCUGGGUCUCGGUUCCGUCUUUGCGUUUGGUAUGAUUCUCGUCACCUGGAUCCUGAGACGUUACAAUCAUGAAUUGCAAACUUCCGAAAUGUUCAGCACGGCUGGCCGAACAGUGAAAUCUGGUCUUGUCGCCUCCGCUGUCGUUUCGUCCUGGACUUGGGCUGCUACUCUCCUGCAAUCGUCUGGUAUUGCCUAUCGAUAUGGUGUCAGUGGACCGUUCUGGUAUGCUUCGGGUGCUACCGUGCAGAUUCUGCUGUUUGCAACCAUUGCCAUUGAGUUGAAGAGAAGAGCACCUAAUGCUCAUACCUUCCUCGAAGUCAUCAAGGCUAGAUAUGGCACACCAGCUCAUAUCACCUUUAUUGUCUUUGGCUUAAUGACCAACAUCCUUGUCACAGCUAUGUUGUUGACUGGAGGUUCAGCUGUCGUGACUGCUCUCACUGGCAUGCCUACACCAGCAGCUUGUUUCUUGCUGCCUCUAGGAGUCAUCUUGUAUACUAUGUUCGGUGGCAUUAAGGCUACCUUCUUGACUGAUUGGGUCCACACCUUCAUGCUGUUGAUCAUUAUCUUGAUCUUCGCAUUCACCACCUAUGCCACCAGCAGCACAUUGGGCUCCCCAGGAGCUGUCUUUGACCUCCUCGUCAAAGCUGCUGCUGACCACCCCGUCGAUGGCAAUGCAGGAGGAAGUUACCUCACCAUGAAGUCCACUCAAGGUGCCAUUUUCUUCGUCAUCAACAUCGUUGGUAACUUCGGAACUGUCUUCUUGGACAACGGCUACUACAACAAAGCCAUCGCUGCUUCCCCAGUCCACGCCCUCCCAGGCUACAUCAUGGGCGGUAUCUCCUGGUUCGCCAUCCCCUGGCUCUGCGCCACGACCAUGGGUCUCGCUGGUCUCGCUCUCGAAGGCAACCCAGCUUUCCCCACCUAUCCAGACCGUAUGUCCAGCGCUGAUGUGUCCGCCGGUCUCGUGCUCCCAUACGCCGCUGUUGCUCUCCUCGGCUCCGGUGGUGCGGUCUGCACGCUGUUGAUCGUCUUCAUGGCUGUUACAUCUGCUUCAUCCGCGGAGCUUAUCGCCGUGUCUUCCAUCUUCACUUAUGAUAUCUACCAGACUUAUUUCGAGCCUACUGCUGCCGGCAAGAAACUCAUCUACAUGUCUCACUGUAUGGUCGUAGGCUUUGGACUCUUCAUGGCUUCAUUCUCCGUCGGACUCUACUACGCCGGCAUCUCAAUGGGCUACCUCUACGUCAUGAUGGGCGUAAUAAUCUCCUCCGCCGUCAUCCCCGCAACCCUAACCCUCAUGUGGGCCGGCCACAAUAAAUGGGCCGCGACCCUGACCCCGUGGUUCGGCCUCGCCUGCGCGCUCAUCGCCUGGCUGGUAACCGCCUCCAAAACCUGCGGCGCCCUCGACGUCUCUUGCACCGGCUCCAACAACCCCAUGCUGGCAGGCAACGUCAUGGCGCUCCUCUCCCCCCUGAUCUUCACCCCGCUCUUCACGCUGAUUUUCGGCCUCGACCACUACGACUGGGCAUCCAUGGCCGCCAUCCGCAAGGGCGACGACCACGACAUGGCGGCCGCCGCGCACAUGGACCUGGAACUCAUCCCCGGCGAGCGCGAGGAAUCCGCCGCGGAAUACGAAGCCGAGCAAGCGAAGCUCCUCCGCGCGUCCAAGAUCGCGAAGGCGAUGACGGUCCUGCUCACCAUCUCCCUGCUCGUCCUGUGGCCGAUGCCGAUGUACGGCACGGGGUACAUCUUCAGCAAGAAGUUCUUCACCGGGUGGGUGGUCGUGGGCAUCAUGUGGCUGAUGGGGAGUCUGCUGUGCGUGGGCGUGUUUCCGGUGUUCGAGGGCAGGAAGGAUCUCGCGUAUACCAUCAGGGCGAUUUGGUUGGAUGUCACGGGGAAGAAGCAUCCGAGUUCGUUUCAUACGCCGCAGGCGACGUUUGUGGAGGGGAAGGUUGGCGGGGAUGAGAGUCCUGUGAAUAGGGAGAAGGAGGUUGGGGGGGGUGUUAAGGAGGGGUAGGUGAGUUGUAGAGAGGAGGGAGGAAGUGGGAUGGAUGAUACCACGGUCGUUUGUCUUUUUUUUCCCCCUUUUGGCGGGGGGUGAGA